AUGCCAAUUGGAGACUACGAAUUACACAAAGAAAUUGGAAAAGGUGCUUUUUCAGUUGUAUUUUUAGUAACAGAAAAGAAGACAAAAAAACAAUGGGCAAUGAAAAUUAUUGAUAAAAAAUCAUCAUCCAAAGCUGCAUUAGAGACAGAAAUUGAAAUUAUGAAAAAAGUAGACCACCCAAAUAUUGUAAAGAUGCAUGAAUAUUUCGAAUCAACAGAUAAAAUUUAUUUAGUUGUAGAAUUGGUAACAGGUGGUCCAUUAUUUGAUAGAAUUGUCGAUAAAAAAUCAUUCACAGAGAAAGAAGCAAAAUUAAUUACUCAACAAUUACUCCAAUCAUUAGUUUAUUUACAUUCAAUUGGUAUUGUUCAUAGAGAUUUAAAACCAGAGAAUUUAUUAUUAAAAACACCAACCGAUUUAACUGUUGCACUUUCAGAUUUUGGUCUCUCCAAAAUUGUCGGGGAUGACGUUUUUAUGAAAACUACUUGUGGCACUCCAUCCUACGUUGCACCAGAAGUAUUAAAUAAUAUUUCAAAUUCUCCAACAGCCUAUAGUGAUGCUGUUGAUAUGUGGGGUGUUGGUGUUAUUACUUAUAUUUUAUUAUGUGGUUUUCCACCAUUUUAUAGUGAAGAUAUUAGAAAAUUAUUUGAAUCAAUUUUAUCAGCAAGUUAUGAUUUUCCAAAUGAUUAUUGGGGUAAUGUUAGUAAAGAAGCUAAACAUUUCAUUAAUUGUUUAUUAACAGUUGAACCAACAAAGAGAUAUUCCGCCAAACAAGCCCUUGAACAUCCAUGGAUAAUUGAAAAUAAUCAAACACAACCAUUACCACAUUGGAAUGAUCAAAUUAAGAAAUAUAUGGUUAUUAGAAGAAAAGAAUCUCAAAAAUUUGGUGCUGAAUUAGUUUGGAAACCACAAGCCCAAACUACAAAUGUUAAACCAACUAAAUAA